CGAAGGAUGCAUAGCCGAUGAAUGUGCACUGUAGAUGGGUCUGAGUCUUACAAGAUCAAAUACAUUUUGAGAUGCAAACAAAUGCACAAAAUACUCUGUGCGAUCCCCACAGUCCAUUAAUGAGCCAUUAGCAGUUGUCACCACCAGUGGCUUCGUGACACACAAGUAGGCCUUGAGGAGAAGGAGGCCUGGGGUGGCAGUUCUGAGGGCUAGUUGGGACAGGAACUCUCUGCACCGGGGAAGCAUGGGAGAAGUGGACAGACAGGCCGACAAGGUCGGCAUCGUCGGCAGAGUGGAAGCAGUAGGCUCAGACAAAAAGAAGCGCAGGCUGGACUCACACCUUGCUAAAUUCCGGCACCAGCCACAAGCCUUGGGGGAGCUGAAGGGAAUGAAACUGCUGGCUGCCUGCUUCAUGUACCUGCUGCUCAUCUGUCUGGCCCUGCCCAAAGCCGAAUGCCGACUCCACGAGCGAUCCAUGGAAAUCAGGAACCCUGAUAUCGACCCUUCCUGGUACACGGGGCGUGGGAUCAGACCCGUGGGACGGUUUGGCCGGAGGAGAGCUGUCGUGGAGAGCUCCCGGAAGUCGGGCUAUGGACACAGGCAAGCUUGCUUCCCUCUAGAAGAAAGUAGUGAAUCCCUUCAAGAUGAAUGAAAUGGCCAAGACAAAGAAUGAAUUUGAAUGAUGAUAAGAAAAGACCCUUCUCCUCUCUCCCUUCCACAUCCCAGCCUCUCUUCUAGGCACAUGAAAAUGUUUGGUCUCAUUUCAAUGUACAGUAUCUUUGUGGCUAUAAAUGA